AUGGGACUGAUUGAACACUGUAAAGAACUGUUUAAGACAUCAGACCUCUACGCCGUGCUCGGAGUGACAAAGAGCGCAAGUGAUGCUGAGAUCCGUCGUAGUUAUUAUAAAGUGUCGCUGCAGGUUCAUCCGGACAGGGCGCUCGAUGACUCAAAAGCCACUGAGAAAUUCCAGAUUUUGGGAAAGGUGUACUCUGUAUUAAGUGAUAAAGAGCAACGCGCCAUUUAUGAUGAGCAAGGCGUUAUCGAUGAGGAAAACGACCCGUUGGAUCAGGACCGUAAUUGGGAGGAGUACUGGAGACUGCUGUUCCCUAAGAUCACGGUGCAGGACAUCAAGGUCUUUGAGGAGAAGUAUAAGGGAAGUGAGGAGGAGAGACAGGACUUGAUACGUCUGUAUGAACAUCACUAUGGUGACAUGGAUGCCAUCAUGGCUGCAGCGUUGUGUUGUAGUCAGGAGGAUGAGCCCAGAAUCCAGUCCAUCAUACAGAAUGCCAUAGACGCGGCAGAGCUCACAGCCUACCCUGCCUUCACACAGGAGAGUGAGAAGAAGAAAAAAGCCCGCAAACAGAGGGCUGAUAAGGAGAGGAACGAAGCAGAGGAGUUGCAGAAAGAGAUGGGACUCCACGCUGAGGACAGCCUGGCCAUGCUGCUCCAGAAACGCCAGAAGUCCAGAGAGCAGGGAUUCAAUUCCUUCUUGUCUGACCUAGAAGCCAAAUAUUGCAAAAAAGGAGGGAGGGCCAGCGGAGGAAAGAAAGGAAAAAAGUGA